AUGGUAGCCGAUACCUCGUCCCUAUAUGACCUCCACCAGGUAUAUAACUAUGUCGUUGUGGGCGGAGGGACAGCGGGGUCGGUCGUCGCGAAUCGACUCUCGGAAGACCCGAGAUUCAGUGUGUUGGUGUUAGAAGCUGGAGGCAAUAGUGUCGGCGAUCCCCGGAUCACUCUUCCGGGUCUAGCUGCCAACACUUAUUUUGAUCCGGAAUUUGACUGGUGCCUCACCAGUACGCCACAGGAAGCACUCAACGGCAGACGCAUCGCCGAGCCCCGCGGGCGCACUUUGGGCGGUUCCUCUGCCAUCAAUCUGGGCAUGGCCAUCUACCCCAGAAACUCUGGAUGGAACUGGGGAUGUCUGUCUGGUUACAUCCGCAAAUCACAGACGUUUACUCCUCCUUCAGACGAGAUUCGCGACCAGCUGUCGCUCGACUAUAUCGACCCGGCGGUACAGGGCACCAGUGGCCCCGUGCAUGUUUCCUUUGGCAAUGGGCCAUUUUCCGCCUUCAACGCUGCGUGGCCUAGAACAUUCGAUGCUUUGAACCACCGAUUGACAGGCGACCCAAUUCAUGCCGGUGUCGCGUACUAUGACGAUGAAGCAGCCCAAAGGAUAAACCUGAGGGUAGUCACGGAAGCAUUAGUGGAGAGGAUUAUCCUUGACAAGACACGAGAAGGCGAUGUCAUUGCGACGGGUGUUCAAUUUGUUGGCAAAGACGGCAUCCGGCGUGCGAUAUCUGCCGCAACAGAGGUCAUUAUGGCUGCUGGUGCCAUCAAGACGCCCCAUUUACUCGAGCUUUCCGGUAUCGGUAACGCAGACCUUCUUCAAACCCACGGAAUCGAACCGCUCAUCAACAACCCGAACGUUGGAGAGAACCUACAAGAACACGGCUUUGUCCCAUUCAGCUGGGAAGUAGCCGACGGACAGGUGACAGGCGAGGCGCUCCGCGACCCAGAAAUUGCCAAAGUCGCCAUGGAGGCGUGGCAAAGCUCGGGAGCAGGACCACUCGGUCUCUGUCCCAUUUCUUCAGCCUUUAUGACUCUCCCAGAGCUGCGGGACGGUGAACUCCAGGGCCUGCUAAAACGGUAUCUGGAUAAGGAAGUCCCCCAAAGCCGAACCGCGCAAUAUCAAAUCCUGCGCCAAUUGCUCGAAGACGCCCCAGCCCCAAGGGAAUCUAUCUACGGCAUGAGCGAGCCAGAAUGUUUUGUCAGCAUCGUGGCCGUGCUUAACCGGCCUUUCUCACGUGGAUUCGUACAUCUUUCCUCACCAGACCCGACAGUUUUACCAAUCUUCGACCCGAAAAUGCUGUCGCAUCCGCUAGAUCUGGAGCUCCAGGCACGGCAUGUGCGGUGGCUGGAAACUCUGGCUGAGACCGAGCCCAUGGCGUCGUUGUUGAAGCCGAAUGGGCGGAGAUUGCACCAUCCAAAGCAAGUGUCAAGUCUGGAGACGGCGCGUGAGCUUACUCGAGACCGCAUCGUGGCGCAUUACCAUGUUGUGGGCACGGCGGCAAUGAUGCCGAGGGAUCUCGGGGGUGUUGUGGAUGAUCAAUUGAUGGUUUACGGGUGUCGCAAUCUGAGGGUUGUGGAUGCUAGUAUUAUUCCGCUAAUUCCUCGGGGGAAUAUUCAAGCGACGGUGUUUGCGGUGGCGGAGAAGGCAGCUGAUAUUAUCAAGGGGGCUGAUAAUGGGGCAUGAAAGGAAAAGACUCCGAUUUUGAACCGAGG